AUGCACCACUGCUGCCACAAUUCAAAUUCUUUGCAAAGUCCUCACGAUGAUAACUCUAACUAUCAUGUUUCGUAGGUUUUCAGGCGAGAGCACCCAUGGUGCCUCCAGCAACCACGUGCUCUACCAAACAAUAAUUGUUUGAGCUUGUAGGUCCACAGAGGUGAUUUGUCCAUGCAAAUUUUCUUCUACUUUCACUAUCCAAUUUUACUACUAUGUAGUCCUCUGGCAACGCCUAGACCCAUAUCAGGAGGUCUUAUUCUCUUCUACACCUAGAAACCGAAGUUAUAUCAACGUAUCUCAGCGUUGUUUCCUUUGGAUCAGCUUUUACGGCAGCUUGAGGUUAAGGAGCUGCCCGGUCUCGGGCUCCUCCGCAAGCUAUCCCACAGAGAACCCUCGCCCUGACUUCCGGUCCUUGUAUUCUUACUUUUCUGGGAACAAAUCCUUCAAGCAACCUGCCAUCGACCGCUUGGGGCAUCACCUCGUUCGUGGUUUUGAUUAAUCGACCCUGCAGGGCUUUGCUUGGAGAUGUGGCAGAUGUUAAGGUGGCUCAAUAUGUACAUUGACUCACUAUCUGAUUGACUGAUGUCCGGGUACGUGUGGCGUCCUUGUGAUGCAGAAAUGCCCUUUUGGUAUGACAGGGCGUCACAACAUCCGCUUUGACUUUGCUCUCUCGUGCUUUCCCUUGUGCUACGCUAUCUUCUCUCACUCUCCAUGUCCAGCGAUCGCGCUCCUCAACUACCCUUGGGUACCUACCUCAGGAUCACAGGGUUGGAUAUCGAAGUGGGCCAGUCGUUCAGGCCUUCAAGGUCUCUUGCUCUCUCCAUCGACCAUCCGCAACAGUUUCGUAAAGAUGCCGUAUACAAAGAUCACACCGAAACGAUUUACACUUGGGCUUUGGAGCCUGGAAUAAAUCUCUUUCCUCGAAGGACACUUCUGGUGCACGUUCUAAAUAGCCGAAUGUCGAUGUUCAAUCUACGCGCCCCGACCCCUGGGAUAGUCUAUGUCAAGGGUAGCGAGUUACUGUCAUUCUGCUUGGACAAGCGCAGAGAUAUGGAUGGCACCGGCGGUCCGUCUUCGUUCAUUUACCAUCGCGUCGAGCAAUUGUCGCCAGACGUAACAUAUAAGCUAAUUAUCACAUUUGAGCUCCGUUAUUUCUUGGGAUCCGACGAUGAGACUGACGCUAGACAGAUGAAUGAGGCACUCUCAGACGCAAGUAUAUUGCAUACAAGGAUAGAUGUUUUCGAUGGGAUCAAGAGCAUAGAACCAUUCCUCGAUCGCUUUGGAGGUUCUUUGGACAUCGCGGGUAACAUUCUCAAGGUUGUUGAGUCGGUGUCAGACAUGAAUCCCAUCGCAAAGGCCGUCGUCACCGCUCUUUCUGUUCCUUUCAAGUUGCUGGAGAACGAGAGGGACUUCGAUGGAGAUUUGACAGAGCUUGGACAUGCUAUGCACGCUCUGCUUAUGUGUGUCAAGGCGGUUAGAGACAAUGCUGGUCGCUCCGAUGUCCUUUACGAAACGUUGGUCAAAGUCAUGGAAUCGACCCUGGAAGCGGCACAGUUCGUGAAUGACCAUCUCAAGCGGAAUCGUUUAGAACAACUUGUUGUGGCGCAGUUUCGUGCCACUGUGGGAGACUUCGUCAAGGACUUCAAUCGUCUCCAAACUGAAUUCCAUCUGGCUCUCAGUACUUCUAUAUCUGAGGAGCAAACUUGGUCUAGAGAACGGGGUAAACUACGUGAAAUUUUGGAUCCUGCGAAGCAUCGAAAAUCCGGACCUAGGUGCAUGCCGGGUACACGACAAGACGUCUUUACCGCAAUAGACAGCUGGUUGCUCAAUCCGGAUGCCCCCAACAUUUUGUGGUUGACAGGCGCAGCUGGUGCUGGGAAGUCUACGAUCGCGUCCACUGUCCUGUAUCAAUAUCGACAGCGUUGCGCCUGGUUUUUCUUUAAGCCAGGUCAUGAGAGGUUGGCGGAUCCCUUGGCUGUCUGGCCCACGAUUGCAUUUGACCUCGUGGAGAUCUUUCCAGGAGUUCGGCAGACACUGUCAAGAGCUAUCUUGGGAACAGUUCCGGAAGCUGAGGUGGAAUCCCAAUUUGACGAGUUCAUCAAGCGACCUUUAAUCGAAAAUCAAAGUCGUAUCUCCUCUGAUGCACCCAUUGUAAUAAUCGACGGGCUCGAUGAAAUACGAUCUCAUAGGCAGUGGUCAGCGCUCCUUGGCACCUUGCGGAAAUGGUCUGAGCUGCCACGAGAAUAUAGACUCAUUGUAUCGAGCCAGGAAUACCCCGUCAUUGAGAAGGAACUUGGUUCUGUCUGCGGAAAAGUUCGUCUACAAACAGGAGAGUUCGCGCUUUUUCAUGAAUCUACCAUGAACGAUAUGAGGCAUUUCUUUCAAACUCGAUUGGCUGAUACCGCGGCUCGCCACGAGCUUGGAGCUGGUUGGCCAGGGAAGUCCAAGAUCAACAUGCUCAUCGACAUCGCUGGAGGUGUCUUUCUUUGGGCGGAAACUGCUACAAACUUCAUUGACCAAGGCAAUUGCCAGGAGCGCCUCGCCGACGUCCUUACCACUGGCACAAUCGGGGACGCUGAUGACGAUGGUACUCCAGUAGAUCAUCUCUACGAGAAGGUUCUCAAUCAUUGUUUCCAGGGGCUCACAGGCAAAGAGGAACAAACAUUGCGACUCGUGCUCGCAAUCAUAGUUCUCGCUAAAGAUACUAUAUCUCCAGAUGACUUACGAGUCUUCGUUCCGGACUUUGCCAGGGUUCGAAGUUUUAUCGGAAAUCUGGGACCAGUAAUCUCUCUCGAAGGCUCACCCGGCGGUCAAUGGUACCGUAUCUGUCACCUGUCGUUUUCGAUGUACGUCCAAAAUUCCAAGCGGUCCCACUAUACUAUCGAUGUCGCAUAUGAGAGCUUCAACUUUGCACGGACCUGCCUCACGCUGAUGAACGAGGAAGGCCAUCGCCUGUUCAAUAUUUGCCCAAUGGUUUCCUCCCAUUGCCUGAAUUCCGAAACCCCUGGCUUAUUGGAGUAUUUGGGAACAGCUCUAUCGACGUCUUGGAUAUAUUCGUGUCAGUUUUGGGCCUACCACAUUCUGGACAUCGUCGAUAAUACAUCUUAUCACGCCGAACUUGCAGAAAUAAUGCGGCCUUUCUUGGAACAGUUCUUUUUACAAUGGCUCGAGCUGAUGUCAUACCUUAAGUAUGUCCGCUUUGCGCCGGGGAUGUUACUUCCUCUAGCUGAAUGGAUACAUGGUCACGAUGCGGAGCUAUCUGCCUUCCUGUUCGAUGGUGCAAGAUUCGUAAUGACAUUCAUGGAACCCAUUUCACAGAGUGCACCUCACAUCUAUCUCUCAGCCCUCCCCCUUUCACCUCUGCAUUCUGUAGUCGCUCAACACUUUCGAGGUGAAUACCCUAAUACGCUCAGUGUAAUAACUGGCCGACUGGACUAUUGGCCAAGGCUCCGCCUUGAAAUGACCGAACAUGAUUCUACAGUGUGCUGCGCGACCUUUUCUUCCGAUGGCCAACGAAUACUUUCAGGUUCUGCUGAUGGUACCAUACGCAUGCGGAGUGCUAUGUCAGGCAUACCGUUGUUAUCGCUGAGAUACAAACAUGUCAAAGAGCGUGGAGGCAUACUCGCGGUGGCUUUUCACCCUGAUAGCUCGUCAUCAACUAUAGCUUGGUUGACAUUCAACGGCAAGUGUUGUGUGGCAGACAACCACAACAUAGAUGAUUAUAAAUCACUGCGGCGUUAUAAUCCUCCUUUACAGACUAACCCGGACUUUAUGACCAAUUUCGGAGCCAGUAUUGCUUUCUCUCCAGACGGCACUCAUUUAGUCUUCAAUUAUCAUGGAAGGCUACAUCGAUAUGACAACACUAGAACCCUGCUACCUCGUUCUGCAGAAAAGCAUGAUCGUCGAGUACUCUGCUUCGCCUUCUCUCCCGCGUAUCCUAAUCACAUCGUCACAAGCUGCACGGAUGGCACCCUUCGCUUUUGGGACGUGAACUCGGGAAUGGAAUGGCGCCCCCGGUUCCAACUUGAUUUCAAAGCGGUUAGUUUGAGCAUUGGGCCUGACGGCGAUCGAUUUGCAGUGACCGAUGGCGAGAGCAUCCACUUAGGGGACGUCAAUAUGCGCGGCAGUCUGAUGACAGUGAUUCCUCUUGAGGUGCACAAAGAUUUCAUCCGCACCAUUGCCUUCUCUCGCGAUGGGAAAUGGCUAGUAUCAGGCUCGGAAGAUGCCCUUGUAUGCGUCUGGGACGCCGCCACUGGUAUACUCUGCAUGGAUCCCCUCAAAGGUCACAAGAAGUCCGUACAUUCGGUCGCAUUCUCUCCUGAUGGCAAUUUCGUUGUAUCGGCUUCCGCUGAUGCAACGAUUCGCCUGUGGGAUGUGACUGUGCACGACGACUUGGAGUCACUGGCACAGCCGAAGUUACACAAUGCUGCGAUCACUACAGUUGCAUAUUCUCGGGGUGGACAGUUUAUCGCGACAGGCUCUAUGGAUGGAACUGUACGACUUUGGGACGCCGAUUCUUUUGCUGAAAUGAUUCCCCCAAUCAUUCAUGGCGAGAACGUGACUUCCGUCGCGUUCAGUCCUCAGGGGGAGAUACUUGCAUCUGCAGGGUACGGACGGGAUGUCUGCCUCUGGAACUCGAGGACUGGUGAAGAGAUCUCUCCUAAAACUCCUCUCGAGCACGGUGAACAUUGUACCUCUGUGGAAUGUGUCACAUUCUUUCCAGAAGGCGAGCGUGUGGUCUCUGGUGACAAUAUCGGACAAAUCUUCAUCUGGGACUUGCCGUCCGGAGAGUGGAGGAUGCUAAGUAUCAACAAACGAGGAGGGCCCGUGAAGAGAUCGAUUCGUUCAGUCGUCGUUCUAAAUGACAAUAGACGCGUUGUUGCUGCAGCUGGAGACGUCAUUUGCAUGUGGGAUGUUAAUACGGGCGUCCUAUUGACAGAGUACCCUCACCACCUGCCAGUUUUACUUGACCCUGAUUCGAUGGACGAGCUUGGUUACCUUACGACUGUCGAUGGCACAGCUGAAGAGGAGGAGGAUGACGAGGAGUUCGAUUAUGAUGAGGAAGACUCGGACGACAGCGAAUACCAUCCAUCGUCGACCGACUUCAUCUAUACAGUUGCAGCCAAUGGUAAUUGCAUCAUCUCUGGUGGUCGACAUUCUAUUCGCGUUUGGAAUGCAAUGAAUCAAUUGGCAUCACGUCCGAGCCCAGCUCCUGAGCACACGAAGCGAGUGAAUUGCUUGCAAUUCUCUUCAUACAGUUCUGAUCAAUUCGUAUCUGGAUCGUCAGACGGAUCCUUGAGGAUGUGGUCGGUGGGCAGCAGUGGGAGUUUCAUGGGGCCGUUGGAGAGCAGUGCUCCAGUCUUGGCAAUCUCCACGAAGGGGAACCAUCUCGUUUCGGGUUCUUCGGAUGCAUCGUUGCGUUUGUGGGAUGUAACGGCUCCGUUUACACAGGACACACCCAAUGCGAUAUUCUCUGUGAAAUUCUCCCCCGAGGGCAUCCGUUAUGUUGAUACACCCCAGCUUGACCUACGACCACAGGCCAAGGCAUCAGGCGCGCUCACAUAUGCGUUCCUGGAUGCUGAAGGUCUUCCCGUUUUCGAGGAUAGCUCGAAGAUGAUAGAUGGUUGGGUCUAUGCGUCAGACGGCCAGUCUCGUUUGUUUUGGGUCCCUCCUGAAAGUAGAGCUGGACUGUAUUGGCCUAGGAACCACAUCGUACUGGAGAAGAAGGUCAUGAAACUGGAUUUUAGCAAGUUCUAUCACGGAAUGAAUUGGGCAAAAUGUCGGAAAGCGUACGAGUAGUGGCGUUGAUCUUGGAUGUCGAGGGUUGAAGACAAACUGGGUAAGAACCGGGAUACGGAGAGCUCAGUACAUGUACAGAACACAGUAACCUUAGGAAUGUCAGCAUACACACAUGAUUAUCCCGUCUGAGCUUGUCCUGAACUUACAAACAGAAAUUUCAUGUGCGUCUCUGUAUCUGUCAAGAUUCCGGCGGUCACGACACGCUGGUCUCUUUCCACUGCAAGACAGUACAGCCAAAUACAUGUCAGCAAUUCAUGACUGUC